UUUCCCUCGGCAAAAUGGAGUCCUCUCUGGAGUUUUCCAGCUCUCUAGGCAGUGUGUCCUCGCUGCUGACCCGCUGUCGGACCUUUAAGGUGCUGGUGAUAGGAGACUCCGGGGUGGGGAAGACCUGCCUCACACACCGACUCUGCGCCGGAGACUUCCCCAGCAGAGUGGAGGCCACCAUCGGCGUGGACUUCCGUGAGAGGCUGCUGGAUAUCAACGGAGAGAGAAUUAAGCUCCAGCUGUGGGACACUGCAGGGCAGGAGCGUUUCCGUAAGUCAAUGGUGCACCACUACUACCGUAACGUUCACGCUGUGCUCUUCGUGUACGACGUCAACCGACCUGCCAGCUUCAGCGGCCUGGCUGCGUGGAUAGAGGAGUGCAGGCAAAACUCCCUCGGGCAGGAUAUCCCCAGGUUCCUGGUGGGUAAUAAGAGUGAUCUGCGUGACCCCAGCUGUGCUGACAACCAGGUGAGCCAAGAGUUUGCGAUGAUCUUCGCCAAGUCUCAGGGCAUGAUGUUCUUCGAGACGUCCGCCAAGAACUGUCCAAACAAAUGCGGCAACAGGCGAACGAGUGACAAGGAAUUGCCGUAUCAUCAGGAUAAGGUGGAGGAUAUCGUUUUUGCGGUAGCUGCCAAACUGAAGAGGCAGAAGAAAUCUGCAAGCCCCCCCAUGAACGGGUCCUUCAAAAUCCCGAACAAGAGAAGACCAGAGAAAGACAUGUGGACCUGCUGCUGAGACACAGAGGCAUUUUCAGAUGGACGAAUGUUUUUACUGUGUGUGUGUGUGUGUGUGUGUGUGUGUGUGUGUGUGUGUGUGUGUGUGUGUGUGUGUGUGUGUGUGUGUGUGUGUGUGUGUGUGUGUGUGUGUGUGUGUGUGUGUGUGUGUGUGUGUGUGUGUGUGUGUGUGUGUGUGUGUGUGUGUGUGUGUGUGUGUGUGUGUGUGUGUGUGUGUGUGUGUGUGUGACACAAUGACCAUACUGUGCAUGAUAUACAUUUUUGAUCAAAGACAAAAAUGCUACUUUUUUACUAUUCUUUGAAAAAUGUUGUUACUCACACACAACUUUAAUAUUUAUACUCUUAAAUAAUGUGAGAUGUCCUUCUUUGAAAUCUAUGUAUAUUUUGAUCUUAUUGUUUACAAUGGGUGCGAAAUAAAGACUGUGAAUGUAAACAUUAUUUAGUAGAGGGUUGCUUUGAGGAACUUCAGUGCAGCGGGGUGAUGUGGGGUGGCUGUUCAGAGUUUCCCACCGCAGCACCGGGUCCAGAUGGACACAUAUCAUGACAGGUCUGCUGCAUGACUGCUGCUGUGUGGGUGUAAUGCAUCACGUGUUGUGAUUGUGUGUCGAAUAGAUGAUUCACAGGACGUCACAUGACGACAACUGUAGAUCCUGCAACACACCAGAGGGACGGGCAGCUGAGUUUAUUUGCACAUGCAUAUGUCACGUUGGUGCAACAUUCAGCAGCAAUCUGGUAGAUGUCUUUCACUACAAUUGAAGAGGUUCUAUUGUGCUUUUUAGGUUUUCCCUUUCCUGUAGUGUGUUAUAUAGGUUUUUGUGCAUGUAAAUGGUCUGCAAAGGCUAAAAUCCCAAACUUCCCUCCAGAGGGAGUUUCUCUUCCACACACUCCUGCCUGAAAUGCCUAAAUUGGACUCCUUUAUUUACAUAAAAUAGUGACACCACUUCUUUUGGCUAGUGUUCCAACACAUUGUACGUGAUAGGCUAAGGGGUGGGACAUCUUGCGGAGCCGACCAGCUAACCAAUCAGAGCAGAAAAGGCUUUUUAAACAUUAAAGCAUGUAAACUUGUUACAGUAGCGACAAAAAUAAAUG